GCCGUUUUUACUUGUAGAAACCAUACUGGAUUACAUGCCAGUCUCCUUUAGGCGCAUAUCGCGGCGGAGGACAUCCAGCAGGGGAGCAAGGAGAACAGUCGCUUAUCGCCAAGUAGUAACAAGCGCGGACCGGAAGUCCCGCGUCUUCGUUGUCCGGGGGAGCCGUUAGGCACGCACGCCGGAAGUAGCCAAUCGGCCAGUGUGAGGCGGUGCCCACUGAGUUCGCGUCCCUCGGGCAGUGGAGCCAUGGAGCCCGGGGCUGCUGAGCUUUAUGACCAGGCCCUGCUGGGCAUCCUGCAGCACGUGGGCAAUGUCCAGGACUUUCUGCGCGUGCUCUUCGGCUUUCUCUACCGCAAGACCGACUUCUACCGCCUGCUGCGCCACCCUUCGGACCGCAUGGGCUUCCCUCCAGGGGCCGCGCAGGCCCUGGUGUUGCAGGUCUUUAAAACAUUUGAUCACAUGGCUCGCCAGGAUGAUGAGAAAAGGAAGAAGGAACUUGAAGAGAAAAUCAGAAAAAGGGAAGAAGAAGCCAAGGCUGUGGCAGCUGCUACGGUUGAGAAGGAAGCCGUGCCAGUCCCAGUGCAGGAGGUGGAGAUUGAUGCUACUGCAGAUUUGAACGGGCCUCAGGAAGUAGAGAAGUUGGAGUCCCCAGGUCCACAGGGCCCCGAGCACAAGGUGGCCAAUGGCUUGGAGGAGGCAGAAGCUCCAGGAACUGUCAGCAGUGCUGCUGAAGGCCCUAAGGAUGCCCCUGUGCUUCCCAGGAUUCAAGAACAGUUCCAGAAAAAUCCGGACAGUUAUAAUGGCGCCAUCCGUGAGAACUAUACCUGGUCGCAAGACUACACUGACCUGGAGGUCAGGGUACCAGUGCCCAAGCAUGUGGUGAAGGGGAAACAGGUCUCUGUGGCCCUUAGCAGUGGCUCCAUCCGAGUGGCCAUGCUGGAAGAAAAUGAAGAGCGUGUCCUCAUGGAAGGGAAGCUCACCCACAAGAUUAACACGGAGAGUUCCCUCUGGAGCCUUGAGCCAGGAAAGUGUGUUUUGGUGAAUCUGAGCAAGGUUGGCGAGUACUGGUGGAGUGCGAUCCUAGAGGGAGAAGAGCCCAUUGACAUCGACAAGAUCAACAAGGAGCGCUCCAUGGCCACUGUGGAUGAGGAGGAACAGGCAGUCCUGGACAGACUCACUUUUGACUACCACCAGAAGCUGCAGGGCAAGCCCCAGAGCCACGAGCUGAAAGUCCAUGAGAUGCUGAAGAAGGGGUGGGAUGCUGAAGGCUCUCCCUUCCGAGGCCAGCGAUUCGACCCAGCCAUGUUCAACAUCUCCCCUGGGGCUGUGCAGUUUUAAUGACCAGAAGGAAAGGAAGCCCUCAUCAUCGGGGAAGUGGAGACCUUGUCCCCUUCACUCCCUGCAUGCCAGGGACUCACUCCUCCUGAUCAGUACUCACCAUAAUUUUUUCAUGAUGAACCAGGCCUUCCGUGCUUACCUUGCACCUUCAGAUUAUGUUAGAGAAGGUGCAGGCCCAGCAGCUGCCUGGCAGUCUCUAUGACCAACACUAAAUGAAGGUGUUUGAAAUUAGGGAGGGACAUGUCCCAGCAAACUGGGAGCACAUGUUCUGUCUCCACAGCAACCAGCCACUGCAGGCAGCAUUUCCUUCUUCCCCUGUUCUCUCUGCUUGCUGUUGUUUUAACACUAGUCUGCUUGCUUUUUUGACUAGGGAUAAGGAAUGAGUAGGCUCUCAGACAAAGCUAAAUUGACGUGUGUGGACCAGGCACAUGCAUGCAGGCGGAUGGGGCAUGGCUGUGGGGCUGACCUCUCACUUGGUGAGACCUGUGUGUGUUUGUGUGCUCACUCUCUCUCAUCUCUUUGUGAAUACACUCGGCCAGCCUCAGCGUCGUGUGCAGAACGGCAGAAACGGGUCCGUUUUGCCUGUUGGAGAUGUUGGGAGAAAGUCUGAGAUUCUGGUCUUUGACCCAGGUGUGGCAAGGAUGCUGUCUGCCUUCUGACUGCAGCUGCCUUGCUUUGGUUCUUGUUGAAGUGGACCGGGCCUCGACACCACUACUUGCUCUAUUCAAGACCUCCUCUUGGGUGUGCUGUGUUAAAGCCUAGGUACCUUCAGGAAGAGAUACAACAUGUUAGUUGUUCAUUGGCAGAUUGUGUCAACCACAUUUCCUAAGCAGCCUUGACCGUGAAGGAUGCCUCAGGAAGGAAAACUUAGCCACUGACUUGAAGGCAACUAUAAUUGAGUCCAAGAAAAUGAAGAUUCCCCUGUGCCAAUCACCAGACUGCUCCUAGAACUCAGAUCCUCUGUGGCUGCAGAUCACCUUCAACCAUGGUGUGAGGACCUGACCAAGGGGCAGGGACCUGGGUGUCCCAGCCUUUUACAGGGUCGUCUGUGCCUGUUGCCACCUGGCAUCUCUGUUUGCCUGGCUCUCACUCUUGGUGUGUGUGUGCAGGUCUCUGUACUCUGGUAACCAUACUAACAGUGAGAAUUAAGACCCACCGAAGCCAAGGCAGCCUGCCCUCUGGAAAUAGCCUGCCUGAGUGCAGUUGAUACACGAUCAGAAGGAGCCACCGAGAGCAGGUUGAAGACUUAUUUCAAGAAGCCUUCCGUCAACUGUAUAGUCAAGAACUAGUUCAUUGCAGUCAUUUGAGGAUUUCUGGUUUACAGCUGGUAACUGAUGGCUCUUGUAAGAAGUCCAUACUGGGCGUUAAUCUGUGGGUGCAGAUAGACCAUGAUGGUGGUCAAAGGAGAGCAGUGGGCCCUAAAUACCCACUUUGGAGUCUGGACUUGUGAUUGGACACUGGUCACCAAGUUGAUGAGGUCUCUCUGAAGAAGUCAUCCUCGGGGAGAAUUUGUCACAUUCACAAGAUCCCCAGGACACUUUUGCUACUUGUUCCUGAAGUUUCCAUCAAGGUCCUAGGAUUUGCACAUCCCUGUCCCAUACAAGUUGUCCCACCUAAUGAAGGAAGUUUCAUGGUGUGUAUGUAUCUCCAGUCUUCUGUAGUCCUGCUCUCUUCCUCACCACCCUCAUCCUGUGGGUAGUCUUCCAGAAGGACUAACGGAGUGGGAGACCCCUGCAUCUUUUUAUUUGGGACAAUGUUUCACUUCUGUGGCAACUUACCUUCCUUUGGCAUGGUUUUAUUUUCUGUGUUGCUUUUCUCCUUUGUCCCUGCCUUCUUUCAGCAAACAAGCCAGUGUAGAAAAAGCAGCCUGGGGAACCGUGUUAGGUAUAGGCCAUAUGGCAGGAACCUGUGCUCUGCGAGUGAUCCCUGUGGCAUGUUAUAGUGCAUGGUGUGGUGGUGGCUACUGUAUCCACAUGUCUUCAUCACAGUGGGGCUCAACCCUAGCCCUCCAAGUAGAUAGCUCUUUGCCCUAAGACACUGUCCUGGCUCACCCUGCCACUGAAGCUGGCACAUUGCCUGUUUUCUCUUUUUAGACACGACAGCCACAAUUUGGUCCCUAAAUCCCACCUGCUGAGGUCUGAGGAAAGUAGGGUGAUUCCAUCCCCUUUGUCCAAAGACCCAGGAGAGUUGGGUUUCCAGCCUACAAAGCUGCUCUGACUCCUCGGUGUUGGUUUGCAAUAAAAUCUGUAUUUAAGCAA